GACGAUUUCGGUAAUCAAUUAGCCGACCUUGCAAUUAUAAUUUCACAUUCACCACCAAUCAAAACGAUUUCUUUUUUAAGGAAUUGAUCGGAUCGUGAAAUUGUGAUAACUUGGUUCCUAUUAUCAUCGGAUCUAGGUGACAUGGAUCACGGUGCUUCGAAUUUUCAAAAGGUGUACGAGUUUGAUGGGUUCAACUAUACCGGCUGGGUCGACAAAAUGAAGUUUCUAUUGAUCUCGCUCAAGGUAUUUUAUGUUCUUGACCCGAAUUUAAGCCCAAUUCCUGAAGACCCACUUGGGGAGAAAGCCGAUGUAAAAGUAAUUACUGAUUUGGAGAAACAACGGAUACUACGCAAAGAAGAUGAGGCUUUAUGUUACAAGUACAUCAAAAAGUCGUUGUCUGAGCGCCUUUGCGAUCUAUACGCUCUACGAAGCAAUAAUGAUCCACGACUACUUUGGAAAACAUUGGAGAUAAACUUUAAAGACAAGGAACAUAUGAGGAACAAACAUUUAAUUGGGCGAUUUUUGACUUUUCGUAUGGCGGAUGGGAAGCCAAUGAGGGAACAAGCACAAGAGCUCAAUAUUAUUGUACAAAAACUAAAAGAUAAUUCAAUUGUCAUCCCAAAGGCCUUCCUUAGAGUUGCUCUUAUAACCAAACUCCCACCUUCAUGGAAAAUCUUUACUGAGAGAAUGAUGAGCAACAAAUAUGACCAUCUUUCCUUAAGGGACCUGAUGAAACAAAUUUAUGCCGAAGAAAGGGCAAGAAUUGGGAAGGCUAAACAAAGUAUGAGCGCUCGUCCAAGGCUUGUGAAGAAUACAAAAACUACUCCAGGAGAUCAUGGUCCAUCAAAAACAAAACUCCGAGUUAAGAAUAAGCCUACCAACAACUUCAAGAAAAUUGCACGACAUUGCAAUGUUCGCAGUGCUGAAGCAAUGAACGCGAUCGAUGCUGAGAUAGAUGACUUGGUGGCACUUGUAAAUAUUCGAAUGUAGUAGAGGAUGGAUGACCUACUUUAAUUUGAAACUAAAGAAUGGUAAUAAUUUAUUUAGUUUUCAUGA